AUGGCGACUACCAUAGUGUUAUUACAGUACUUGCAAGUCAUACUAAGAUUAACGUCCUAGCAAACAACAUCGACGUUAGAUAGCUGUUUAACUGUGUGUUUCAUAAAAUUACGUUAAAGUUGGUAAAAGUGCGCAAGUCGUCACAACAACUGACACAAGAUGGCUGUGGACAAUGGGCUGAAACAGGCCAGCUCAAAUAUGUUUAAAACUCAGAAAAAUUCUAUUUACAAUGAGCUGUUGCCGUAUGCUGAAGAUAUUAAAGAGGAAGCAGAAAUUCACCUGAGUCUGAUAAAAGAAAACAUUGGAAGAUCUGUAUUAAUGAAAGAACUGCGACCUGGAGUUCUUUUCUGGACAGCGAAGUUGAAUAAGUAUAUCACACUCUAUGGCUUCAAAUUCAGCAAGGAAGAUCAUCUUGCAUUUAUAAACCUAUUCUUCAACCUAGUAACAGCUGAGGACAUGGAAAUGGCACUUGUUGCAAAGUUUUCUUUGAUGCUGACUACACUUGUCAAGAAAAAGGAACUAUUAUCUCGGGACGAUCUGGUUUUACCUUGGCGACCUCUCUAUGAACUCUACAAUGAAAUAACCUAUGGUGGAAAUGAACAGAUUGGUUUAGUGCUCCUACCAACCAAUAUUGAUGGCGCUGUUAAGAACCUGAUCAAGGCCUGCCGUGUUUACUUUCCUGCGGAGGCGACGCGGGAGAUGGUGGCUGAGUGGCGCCCUCUGAUGUGUCCAUUUGAUACCACGAUGUCGAAAGCAAUGCAGUGCUUCGAACUUUUCUUGCCGACAAUCUUACCGCCAGAACUUCAUGAGCAUGGAUUCAAGGUUUGGUUUGAUGAACUGAUGACAAUGUGGGAAGCAUGUCACAAUGUACCAUCCUGGGAAGUCCAUUUGAUAAACCUAUUUGCGAGAACGGCAAAAGAUAAUAUCGGCUAUAUCGAUUGGCAGCCUUACAUAUCAAUGAUUUUCACGAGGAUGAUCCGUAGCUUCAACUUACCAGUGGGUUCCAGGCAGAUCCAGGUUGGCCGUACAAACUGUAGCUUUGACAUCGGUGCCACUGCCAUGUGGAUCGCCGCUAUGAUGGGUGGAGGCCAGCCAACGGUUUCCUACAUCCACAAGAUGUUCCAAGCAAUGGAGUCAUAUUUUCACCCGUCCAAUACGGGAAGGUGGAUCCUGAAACUUCAACGCCUCAUGGCGAAGCUCACGGCUGGCCUGGUUCGAAGACUGAACGAGGAGCGCCACCAGAAGCGGUCGUGGGUUCCCGCCAUCCCCGCCGGGCAUUGUCUCGGCGAGGCGGAGAUCACGGAGUUUGUCGAGGCUGUGAAGCCGGUGGUGAUGCUGUCGAUGUUCAGCAAGGCAGGCAGCGGAGACUGCGCAGGGUCGCUGCAGAACCUCAGCACUGUGAGGCCUGAACUCGUCAUCCCGCCCCUACUAGAGCAGCUGUACCCGUCGUUGACGACGCUCACUGAGCCACAUCGCCUCGUCUCUACGAUGAACUGUGUUGUGGCGGUGUCACGCAGCAUGCUACGCACGCAGGAGCGCUACAGCGAGGGUCGCCAUCACUUCCUCCCCCUACUCAUGCUCUGUCUGCCCGGCAUCGACUCCAACGACAUCAAGAAGUCCAUGGUGACGUUUCAACUGAUUUCAACAUUCGUCACUCUUGUCCCCCUGGUGGACUGCUCGUCGGCAGUGCAGAACCGGAGUGACCUGAGCGAAGAGGAAAAGGAACUUUGUUCGGCAACAGCUGGUUUCGAAGACUUCGUUCUGUUAUUCAUGGAUAGGUGUUUUGAGUUGGUGCGUAACAGCAGUGUGGUCGCCGGCUCGCAGCACCACACCGCCAACGCUCACGACAAGAUGAACGCCGAGGAGAGCAUGCUGGAGGUCGGCAUCAGCUCCACCAUCAGCGCCGUGCUGACGCAGUGCUCGCGUGAAAUCUACGACGCCGCAGUGCAAAUGCUAUUCAACUUUGUCUGCAACAACGUGUUUGAGGUUGCCGUCGCGGGCAAGUUUGUCGCCAACAUGUGUCGGGCUGCCACCAAGUCUAAUCCCCAGGUCGCUCUGAAGUUAUUCGUCCCGCACUUUCACAAGGUCAUUGUGCAGCUAACGUCAGGCGAAGAUCUUAAGGAGGAGGCAGCAGACACAGAGCUUCUGUGGACACUACAGCUACUUUGUGAGGACUGGUGCAUAGAGGGAGACGUGGACAACCUGAACAUCAGCUGGCAUAUACCGAGCGUGGAGGAGAAACAGUUUGCACAGGAGAUUCUGGACACGUUCAUGCAGCCAGCCAUCGCGCGUCUCAACUCCGUCUCCGACGAUACGAAUCUUUCAAGGAUUGAGCUGCAGGAAGACCUGAACCUGGUGCUAGAGUGCUUGCACGGAGCCGGGGCUAUGUUACCACUACUCGAUGGCGAGCCAAUCUACUUGGCUGUUCUCAGCUAUCAAGGUGUGCAGCGUGAUGACUUUGAUACGAGGUGGAAGAGCUUUCACAUAGUCAAGAAGGCGAUGGAGAAUAAGUUGAUGGGGAACAAGAGGCAUAUCCGAGCUCUACUGAUAGACAGAGUUGUCUUGCAGCAUGAGCGGAGAAUAAUGGAUAAAUCAAAGUUCCAAUUCACUGACCUGCACCAGAGGAGUUUAGAAGAUUUAUUCCUUCUCUCAACAAGUCGCUACAGUCAGGUGCGCGCGCGAGCGCAGGCGGUCAUGUCGACUGUGAUGCACGACUUUCCGCACUGCUACACUCGCAUUCUGCCGCGCACACUCGCGCUGCUGAAGGAAGACCCGGACAUCUCACACGAACAGCUCAAGGGAGCGCUCUACAUACUGCGUGGCAAUGUGAAGUCCACGUGCUUGGCGACGAAACAUGACUGGAAAGUGCUAUCACAGGUGUGGCCUGCCAUCAUAGAGGCACAGCAUUCAGAGAAGCUGUCCAUAAUCGACAUGCUAGACUUGCUGGUGGAUAGGAUCAGCAAGAACAUCGAUACCUUAUCACUGACCGUCACCGUCCCUGAUGCUGUGCUUCAAGCAGCAGAGAAGAUGUGGGCGCACCAGCCCAUGCCAGAGCAGCAGACACCAGAAGCAGCCGAGCUGACGCAGGCUGAGGCACGGCUCCAGGAGAGAAACACUGAAAACCUGAAAAUAUACAAGACAAUGAUUGAUAAAAACGUGGAGCUACUAAAUGAUGGAAAAUUGCGAUGGAGGCACUACCAGGUGGCUGUCAGCUUCCUCACACAGCUGCUGAGAGAGGACGAGCGGCUGCCGAUGCACGCCGUACGCGUGCUCGUCAACAACCUCAACCACGACUCCCUCAUCGUGAGAAAGCUUUGCACGUCGGCGAUGGGUGCCGUACUGAAGCAGCAGAAGCGCACACGUGAGAAGAAGGAGGUGGACGUUACGACGGGUCACUUUGUCGCCACGGAGUGCCCUCGCGAGUCCUUGAUGGGAACCAAGCCAUCGCAGAUCGCAACCCCGGCCUGCACCCCUGUACCUGCGAGUACAGACUGCGCGACUCCCGCCGAAACGUCCGAGUCGGUGGCAACUUUAGGUUGCCCGGGAAGUCCGCCGACUCCAGACGCAAUAUCAGAUGCCCUGACCGCAGCCGCCGAGAAAGGAUCAAAGAUGGCCGCUGGCGACAGAGGAUCAAAGAUGGCCACUGCCGAGAGCGAAUCGAAGAUGGGCGCAAGCGAGGAGGACACGCUGCCGCCGCUCUCUCAGCCGAACAACGAUUGGCUGCUGCUCGACAUGAAGGACGUUCCCAACACGGCCGACAGUUGGCGCCGCUGUGUGAUGAUCGACAAGACGCACCUCGGCUACUACUGCUGGCCGAAGCCGCUGAUGGCGCAUGCACUCAACCCCGAGCGGCCACCAGGGGCCAGGAAGAGAGACGAUCUCGACGAGGAGGAGAUUCCGUUGUUCGAUGCCAUGAGCGAUCCCGUGUUCAUAGAGAAGCUCGUCGGAUUCAUGUCCCUGGAAGACAGGAAGGGCAAGGACAAGUUCGAUGCGAGAAAGUACACGUUUCUCAAGGGCAUCUUCCGUAACUACGAGUCGGCGUUGCUUGGUGUGCUGCGUCCGCACAUCGAGAAGCUGGCCGUCGAUCCGCACGAGAGCAGCCAGCGAUUCUCCGCCGAGUGCAUCGCGGCGCUGAUGCGCGGCAGCAAGCACUGGUCAUGGGAGCAGCUGGAUGAAAUGUACUCAUGGUUGGUGCCUCUGCUACGCCUCGUCAUCAAGAACAUGACCGUGGAGACGAUAUCAGACUGGGGCAGCUGUAUAGCAACGGCCAGCGAGAGCCUGGAUCCAAAGAGGCUACACUGGCUGUUCAAGGUGCUCAUGGAGAACCCGUUUCACAGGGAGGCAGAUGGAUCCUUCAUGGUCACUAGUCACUUGUAUCUGCUACAAGCGGCCAUCGGUCAGCAGGAGUGGAAGGUCAAGCAUUUACUAUCUGCCAUGCUAGAAAUGAUUGUGCCACAGUUAGGCAACUCCUACAAGAACAUUCGUGAUAGACUAGGAAGUACUUUGGGAAGCGUGUUUCUGUUUGAGAUGGAGCUGCCACACCUGACGCAGACGUACUGCCCCUCGCGUGCACAGUUCAUCACCAGCCUUAUGCCUCAGCUACAGGUGUUGGUCUCGCAGCAGUCUACCAGUCCAACAACAGAGGUCGCCCGUGACGCGGAGGGUGACACAUCGAUGUGUGAGGUCAAUGAGGAAGAGAGAAGCAAGGCCGUGCGUGUGUUUGAGACGACCUUGAGAUGGCUUCAGACAUCCCUCGCACGUAUGCACUAUAGUGCACCGCCAGAGGUCUUUCAGCUACUACCACUCGUGUGCCAGCUCGAAAAUGAGUCGACAGACGAAGAACUGAAGAAAGAGUGCAUGCUGACACUUGCUUGUCUCGCGCAGGCUCUGCUGAAGCCUGAUGUUAUCCCCUAUGUCCUCAAGGUCAUUCAGCAGAUCAUGAACGGGCAGUCGUGGCGCAGCAAGCAGUCUGUGCUCGAGUACCUGCAGGUGAUGGUCUUCUGCAACCUGUUUGCGGUCAUGCAGAGCCGCGAGCUGGUCGGCUGCAUACACGACAUCGUACUAAACAUGAUGACCAACGAGCAGCUAGAGGUCAGAGAAAUGGCAUCCGUGACCCUGGGUGGGUUCUUGCACUGUGAACUCUUCACAAUGGAUGCAGAUUUAUUGGACAAGUUCCGGAGCUGGGCGAACACGCGGAUCAGGCGGCGCGGCGGGCGAGUCGCGCUCGACCAGGCGGGGGCGCUGGUGCGGCGGCACGCCGGCGUGCUCGGACUGUGCGCGUACAUCGAGGCGCACCCGUACGACGUCACUGCGCUCAUGCCCGACGUGCUGAUGAUGCUGAGCAACCACGUCAAUGACCCGCAGCCCAUCCAGGUCACAGCGAGAAAGGCCCUGAGUAACUUCCGACGCACGCACUACGACAACUGGCAAGACCACAAGCUGAUGUUCACAGAUGACCAGCUGGCUAUACUUACCGACCUGCUAGUUUCUCCAAGCUACUAUGCGUAGCACCAACCCAGCACCACUCCUGGGGGGAAUUAUUGACCUAUCGGUGUCCUGGAGUGAUGGACACUGCAGCUCUAGCCAAUCGUUGUUGAGGUAGGAUGUUCUAAAAGACAAUGCUUGGGAAGAAGGCGCUGCCAGGUCACCAUGCGGGUGCACGAAAAACCACGUAUAAACUAGUCUAGCUUAGCUGAGUGGGAAAUUUAUAAUGCCAAAUGCUUGUCACACUUAGACGGAUCGAUGAAUUGGCACCAACGCCUCGUCUGUCAAACCACCCUGCAGGUGCCCCCACCACCUAGUUACGGUAAUCAAUUGCUAAAGUAUUCAUCUGCAUCAGGGGCUCGUUUUGUGAAACAUCAUAAGUAGUUAUGACUCUGAUAAGUCUGAAUUUUCAUAACUUUUAGUGGUGCAAAGUUGAAAGUGUAAGUGUCCUGCAAAAUUUAUGACAUUUUAGACUUGUGAUAGUCGUCACUACAUGUGAUGUUUCUGACAACGAACUGUCGUUUAUCCUGGUGCUUAACAUUACUACAGUACACAAUCAAUAAUCCGAAAUCCGGGACCAGACACGUUUCGGAAUUCGGAAUUUUUCGGAUUUCA